UGCAUAGCCAUACAUAUGCACAUCCUAAUCCAUAGAAGGGAGAGCUCUGCUCGACCAGAUCUGCACUUGAAAACAAGGAAGACAAAUGGGCUGGUGUGGCAGGUCUCUGAACGAUCAGUCUCCACCCUCUGAUCCUGACAUGCUACAGGAGGAAAAAAGCAGAGAUGAUUUUUCUGAUCUUAAAUGUGUCUUUCCUCCUGAUCUCCCCUGUCCUUGCCCCCUGGGGGUGUGCCCGGUCCUGUCCUGCCCGCUGCACCUGCACCCAGGAGAAGAGCUGUGCUGUGCUGUGUGACCGUGCCGGCCUCCCCGACCUGCCCCAGCAGUUCCCCUGUGAGGCCUCCUCCAUCAACCUGGCCAAGAACAGCAUCAAGUUCCUCUCGGAGAGGGCCUUCGGCACCUUGCCCGCGCUGCGCUCCCUGCUGCUCGACCACAACAACAUUUCUUUCAUCACGCCCGGGGCCUUCAAGGGGCUGCCCAACCUGCUGGAGCUCAAGAUGGCCCAUAACGAGUACAUCCGCUACCUGCACACUCGCACCUUCACCUCCCUGAGGCGCCUGACCCGACUGGACCUCUCCGACUGCAACCUCUUCAGCUUGCCCGACCGCAUCUUCCUGGAGCAGAUUGCCUUGCAGGAGCUCUUCUGCUUCCAGAACAAUUUCCGCCGCAUCCCGGGAGCCAUCCGAGGCAUGGAGAACCUGACUCACGUCUACCUGGAGCGCAACAAGAUUGAGGCUGUGGCCUACAAUUCUCUAUUGGGUUUGACCAACCUCAAGUACCUGAACCUGCAAGAGAACCGGAUCAAUGUCAUCCACGACCAGGCCUUUCAGGACUGCCGGCGUCUGGAAAACUUCUACCUAAACGAUAAUCUCCUGUCUGACCUGCCCCGGGAGUCGUUCAAGGGUUUGCGACGCCUGAAGAUGCUCAAUCUGGGAGGAAACCUCCUCACCAAUGUCUCCAAGAGCUGGUUCAGCGACCUGAUGGAGCUGGAGUUUCUCUACCUGGACCGGAACCGGAUUUCCUUCAUCCAGGAAGGGGCCUUCGAGAACCUCACCAGUCUCAUCUCCCUUCACCUGAACAGCAACAACCUGACGGCUCUGCCUUUCUCAGUCUUCCAGCCCAUCUACUUCCUUGGCCGGCUCUACCUCUUCCGGAAUCCUUGGGAGUGCGACUGCGGCCUGGAAUGGCUCAAGGUAUGGAUGGAGAACUACAAGCUGGUCAGGGACAUCCCCUGCGCCUCUCCCUCCUCGGUGGCUGGCCUGGACCUCAGUGAGGUGGUCUAUUCCAGAUCCUCCGGUGGGGCAUGCCUCGACCCAGCAGAGCUCAACCUGACUUUCACUGGCCCACUGCCCACCGAGGGCUUGCGCUACACCACAGAAAACAAGUUCAACAGCCUCAUCUCUAGGCUCAUGCAGCAGGAACUCUGGGAAGGACCUCUCAACUCUACAGAGAUAGUUAAAAAUACCUCCCUCUUGCAGGAAGUAGGCAGUCAGGUGUCUUCUGGAGCGACCUUUUUCCCCGCUUAUGACAUCUGGCAGCUUAUUCCUGUCUGUCUAUCCUAUAUACAACUUGAAGCAAUAGUUUCACCUCCCCGCUGAGCGAUAUCUCGCAUUUCUUAGGGUUGCAUUUGGGGCACAAGGUCAGUACAAACAAUUGUAAGCUUUCCUUUGUGCAAUUUUUCCUCACCUCGGUUAAGCCUCUUUUGUACUCCCAAGAAAAGCCUCCUCCUUAUACUGCUUAUGGAAGUUCUUUUUUUCUUCAAUAUUUUUUCUUCUUACAGAUGGAAAUUAUUCACUCAAAAUAUUUUCCGGUGUAUCCGGGCAGGAGGUGGUGGCAACAUCAUUCACUAAACGGCUCCACCACUGCAGGUGGAGAACAGACUUUUUGCUCUCUUUCUACUCCAAAAAGAGUUGCAGAGCUGCAAUGACUACACUGACAUUGUGCAUGUGGUACUUGCUUGUUUCAAAAAGGAAUGGAAACGAUGUGAGUACACUUUGAAGUCAAACUGUGAUGACAGGGGAAAAGUGGAUUCAAAUCCAGCUUCUUGCACAACAAGGUUUUCUUAAAUAUUACGAAGGCUUGUUUGUGUGCUCCUGUAGAUCCAGAGCAGAUGGCAUAGCUUGCUCAUGGUGUCUUCCUGCUUUAUUCAUUAAACUCAAUGACUUUGGAUAUUAAAGCUAUUCAGAAAUGCAUUAAUCUUCUUAAAAUGUAUGGCUUAUCUGCAUUACACAAGACCACUUAACCAAAUGGGGUGGGUUUAGCAUUGUGUUUCACUUCGUUAUGGAAAUACAUAGAUGAGGCAACUGAAGGCAAAGGAAAGUUUAGCAGAGUUCAUAAAGGAAUUUUGGGGGCCAACUUCUGACUCUUGCUUCUUUUAAGUGCUGGGAUUGCUCUCGCAAAAGUAACUUUAUCGAAAAAGGAAUAUUUGUGAGAUAAUUCCAGUGAUGUGCUUUCUGGCAGUUUAACCAUAUUAAUGAUGCAUUUUUACAAACUGACCAAGAAAGAUUGUUGUAAACAGUAUUUUUUAAUCUAGAUUGAUCGUAGAUGUCUUUCUGUCACAUAUAUACGUAGGCAAAUGUUAGUGUGUCGUAUGGUCAGAGAAACGUUUAUUUAAAUCUGGUGUGCCAUUCAUUGUCUUAAAAUGUAUAAGAAUUGGUGGCUAAAACAUCCAUUUCAUUACACUCAUUAUAGAUUUAACAGAAAAUGAAGCACGUGAACUGUAUAGCUUGGUACAUUUUUACUGCUUUUUGUACAAAAAGGUGUCUAGUUAUGAAUCUAAGAGGACUUUGUCUAUAGAUUUAUCUGAUGUGAAUCCAUAAGCCUGACAUCUUCCAUGGCUGAACGAUUUCCUAACAUCAAUAAACUUCUGGAAACCAAAUGCGUCUGGAGGGCCCGACCUGCCAGUUUUUGCCCACUCUCCUCAUAUUGUUCUGGACAACCAUGUGGGGUUUACACUUUUUUUUUUCCUGCAAUAAACGUCUUUGUCGUUUGUCUGUGUUGGAGCGUAUGAGCUAUGUGUGUUGGAAUGUACACUCUUGAGUCACCCUUCUGCUUCUCAAGACAUGAAUCAGGGGAUUAUUAGCUCCUAUUCAAGUCCUAAUUUCUGACAAAGUAAUCAUAUUAAAAAUAUCAACUUGUCAAAAAUAUCAACUAGUAAUUUAGAUGUUUUUUACAUGUGCUUUCUUAUCAUGUAAAAUCAUCAAAUAUGCACAUACUGUAUUCUUAGAUGCAUACACCUCUGCUGCAAGAGCAGCAUGAAAUGAUUAGCUAGUUCAAAUUUGCAUGCAGUUUGGGGCUCAAAGAGAUGAUUUCUGUAAAAUAAGUAGUCCAAGCAGUUUUGCUGAUCACAACCACAAUGACAGUACCCUUCACUUAUAUUAAGAAUGCCUCCUCUGUAAUGUUAAACACUGGCUCUUGUCUUAAGAUUUCCUACCUAAAGAUGAUUGCAGCUCUCGUCUGUCCCCUGUUGACCUCUUUACCAUGCUAACGAAGUCAGCUGUGGAUUGUUCAAGCCCCUGAGGUGGAGUAAUUACACUGGGAGCAUGCUAAGUGGAAAUUUCCACAGUGACAGAUCCCACUAGUGGGGGCUCACAGCAUGCCUGGUCACUGGGGGGUGUACUGCUUAUCCCUGCAGGACAAAACUACCAACGGAGCUGCAGUCAGCCGGUCAUGUUACUCAUGGCAAUGGAGUCCUCAGUCCCGGCCAUACAUAAACCAGAUUGCACUGGAGAGGUUGAGUGAUCAGGUGAAGUAUUGUUACAGGCUCCCUGUACAUGCCACUACUUUUACUUCAGCAAAAAAAAAAUGAAAUAAGCACUGUAAAGCAGUGGAUGAAUGACAGAACAAACAUGAGUUUACAAAAUUAUAUCAUUCUGCUCACUGGGGUUGCAUGUCUGGGAGUGCAGCUUUGAUUUUGCAGUUAAGAUUAGCACAAUCCUUCAUCGUGGCUGUUGAAUAAUCGUACUGCGUACAGCCGAUGACAGUGCUCACUUGCCGAAACGAGCGAUGUUAGAUUAAAUAGCAAUAAUUAUUCGACUGGCUCCGAUGUGGCCAGACUUCAAGGGUUCUAAUAGACGUGUAUCCAAAAGCUCAUUAGACAACUGAUAGUUCGGAUAAUUGUUGAAAUAUUAAAUAAAGGCUAAUUUCUUAAAGUAUACAUAAAUCCAUGGCUGAAAAUGUUUAUUCUAGAAUCAUAGACUACGUCGUGACUGAGUCGUGUAGACAUGGUCUAAAAGCGGGCAGGUCUCUUCUUCGUGAGGAAUGGCCUACACUGGCAUGCUAACAGACCUGAAUCUGUUUAAUCUUGAACAGAGAAGAUUACAAGAGGUAUCUGUUCCAAGUAUUGAAAAUCCUCAAAAGCCACUGACAAAGUCAAGCCAAAGGACUUCAGAAUGCACAGUGAAAUAUGAGCCAGAGGACACAAGUGGAAAUUAAACAUUUCCUUCCCAGAGGUUCCAUGAUUUACUGCUUACUUUUAAAAUAUUCAGGUUUUUCAAUAAAAAUGCUUGGAAAUGUAUCAGAAUUUUGUGAGCACAAAAUGUUGUGUAAGAUGCCAUUUAAGAUUUCCAAACAAGCUCUUUGCAGCGCAGGAAUGACAACAGGUCACAAAAUAUGUUACAAAAAGCACCCUGAAACACACAAUGCUGGAUUUAUAAACUUAAAUGUUCCCAGAGUCUUAAAAUAAUUGUAAAUCCUUCUGAAGGCAGAUUAAUGAAGAGGCACUGAAGAUUAUUUAUAGUGGAAAGGAAAAAUCAUUAAAAUCACUGGGCAAAAAAAAAACAUUUCUAUCUACCUUUUAUAAACUCAUUUGAAUUAAUCUAGCUGUGCUCCACAAAUCCCUAUCUCUUAGUCUUCACUGAUGUAAAACCCACAUGAUCCACAGACUGACUUCACUGUCCUCCAACACCCAGGUUAAAUGCUGCCAACACUGGGUGCAUGCUUAAGCAGCAGCUAUUGUAGGAAGGGGAAAGUAACCCAUCUAUCAGCAGAAAGCCGCUUAUUAUUUAUUCCUGUCAUACCAGCAGCCAUAUCACCCUGCAGCACUGGCAACCCACUGAAGCUCAGCAGGUGUGAGCUCGGUCAGUACCUGGAUGGGAGACCUCCUGGGAAAGCAAAGGUUGCUGCUCUCACCCUACAGUCUAUGUGGGUCCUAAUGCCCACAUACAGUAUAGUGACAGGGACACUACCUGUAAAAA